CUUUCUUAGAACAUCAUCACCAAAUAGACGAUUUAGCUGAUUUAUUUUCUCAGGAACUGGUCACUGAAGAUCAAGCCAAAAUGGGAAUCACCGAUCAAAACCUCGAUACAAAUGGCGGCAUCGAAAUAUUGAGAGGCAUGGGCGUAUAUCAGGAACGCAGUCUGUCUCAAAUUGACCUACCUAGCGAAAAUGCGCUGCGUAUUAAACGCUCGUAUGUCAAACACAGAUUGGCAAGUGGUUCUCAGGUUGAGCUUACAGCGCAACAGUUGGCUAGCAUGCUAUCAGAAAACCACUCUCAUCGUACACGGGAAAGGCUCGAUCAAAAGAAACACCUGGAAGAAAUACGUAGCAAAUUCCAUGAGCUUCUACAUCAUCCUGGCUGCCAAGUACACGCUACUGAACUGAAGGAGAUGUGGAUAAACAAAGAAAAAAGUAGUGCUAGGGAGGGUCCACUGUCUGCUCCGAAGUAUUUUGACGAGCGACUAGCAAUUCACAAAUCAUUGAUUGGGCGUCAAGUACGAGACGAGAAUGAAAUGAUGGUGCCCACAGAAGAUCCAGAAGAAGCGCGCGGUCAUCUCGGUGAAAGUACUGGAGAAGUUUUCUUUUGGAAUCAACCAGAAUACCUUUCUGAUGAUAGCUACGGUACAAGGGAAUCUCGUGCCGGCUCAGGUGAAUGCGAUGCUUUCCUUUGAAUUUUAGGGUAUUUCAGUUAAGAUGUC